AUGUCGGUCGACCCUCUGCGGACCUUGGUGCGGCGUCUUCGUGCUGCUGCUCGUGCCGAGGAUGCUCACCUGUCGGCUGCACUGGCUGCCAUUCCCUCUGCUGAGGCACUCCGGCUGUACUACUUCUGCCGGGACCAGGUGCAGAUGGCGCACUUGGAGCACGAGACGGAGGGUUCCAGUGAGUACGAUUUGCCUGCUCGUCCCGCUGCUGGCUCUUUGUCUGUUCCAUCUCAGGAUGUCAACUCUGACCUGCUGGGACUGGUGCCUGACUUGCUGGAUGUGAACCUCGUUUCGCCGGUUACCUCUGCCCAGCCUGCUCAGCCUGUCUCUGCUGUUCCUGACAGUGCUGGUGCUCCCUCUGAGGCGGUGGCUGGCGGUGACUCUCUGGUGGGCACGGAGGACAUACAGGCUGGCAAUGAGGUUCACGAGGGUGGCUCUUUGGAGCGGCCUGGAGACUCCGGGGCGGUCUCCUCCCCUGAGCUUAUACCUGCCUCUGCCGAGGACAUUGGUGCAGUUCCUGACGCUGCUGGUGUGCCUCCGGCUGCUUGUGCUCAGGUCGUGCCUUCCUCGCCUCCGAGUGAGGACGAGGAUUUGGCACCGUGGGAGUGGCCGGCAACUUCUGUUGUCGACCUGAAUGCCAUGGACGGUCUGGAUGAUACUGUGGCGCCUGUUGUGACUGAGCUUCCGGUGCCUGAGGUUACUUCCGUUGAUGACCCACCAUUGGCUCCUCCCAGUGAUCCACCAGGCCUGGUUGCUGGUGCUCCGGCCUUUGCCACUCCGACGGUGGCUCCGCCCCCGGCUCUUCCUGUGAGUUCUGCUGCUUCUGCUACUGAUCCUUGGGCUGGGUAUCAGGGUCUCACUCUGCCCACGGGGCCCGCGGCUGUUGGGGCAAAUGCUCCGGUGGUCGCACGUCUUAGGAUGACAGGGCCGGGCUUCCUGCACCCCACCUUUGCAUUUUUCAGCCUUUGUGGGCCUUCCUGCUCCUUUGUGGAGUGCCCUGACCUGGAGGUCUCGCUCUUGUACCAGGCGGGCUUCUCUGGAACUUUGGGCAUUGUGGCUUCUGGAGCUGGUGCUGCCCCUUCUGAGUCUGCCUCUGCUGAGGGCUCUUUGCCUGGGGUUCUGAUGGCGAGUGUGGCGGACAGUGCGGUCACGUUCGCCAGCAAAGCUAGGCAAUACGGUUUGAGCCAGGAAGUGUUAGACAGUUUGUCUGCCGCUGGCAUCACGACAUACUCUGCUCUGCUUUUUGCCGUGGCGAGUGCGCCCGGGGCUGUGGACGAAACCAGGCUUAAGGCGGCCAAGGAUAAGCAUCUGGGAGCUGGCGCCUCUGAAGGAGCCGUUGCGGCUUUUUCUCGGCUCCUCUUUGAAGCCGGGACCUUCGUCGUCGCCGAGCUUAGGAGUUCAGUGGCAGGCGAGGACGAUGGCUCCAAGAAACUGACUUCUCAUGAACGCGCCAGUCGCAUGGAUGCAUUGCGUGCCAAACUGGGAGCGUGGCCUAUCACUGGCUCUUUCGAGCCGAGUCAUGUUUUGAUUGAUGCCGCUUUCGGGAUGGUUGCUGAUAGCUCUGUGCGGUACUUGCCGCCUAGCAAGUGCAGUUCCCGUGAGCAGGAAAUUCUUUCAGAACGGCGUGACGACACGUUGUUUCGCCUUGAGGCCACUGCGUUGAAAGCUGCUAAGAAGCCUGUUCUUCCCAAGGUUGACCUUGGCAAUGAACUGCGGUUGUAUCAGGCACUGAGCAGGCGAGGUGUCGCACUUGAGGUUGCUGGUGUCUGCUCCUUUGCUGUGCACGAGAACUAUGUUCGUGGUCUGUUAGACCACCUGCAGCGCGUGCCCCCUGCUGGGUACUCUGCUCCUGGCAUUGAUUCUGUGCUGGCUGCUGAUCGUGCCGUCUGGCAGCACGUUGCAGCCCAGGUACCUUGCUUGCCAUCUGUGGACGUCACUGCUAAGGUCGAUGCUGCCCUGCUUGCUGCCGCUGGGGCCCCUGCUGUUGCCUUUCAUGUCAUGCCUCGUGAGAGGAAGCGGGCACUUGAUGAUACCAAGUUGCCGCCCGGCAAGACAGGCAAGGGUGACGGUGGCAAGGACAAUCGUCCCGGCAAGGGCAAGGACAAAGGAGGCAAAGGCAAAGGAGGUAAAACCCCCACCGGGGGCAAGACUGGGUCACCUUCCAAGCAGACUGCUGUGCCUGCUGCUUUGAAGGGUUUGGACCCCAACAAGGAUGGCACGCCUCUGUGCUUUGAUCGCAACCUGGCUGUGGCUUCCUGUGCUGCCGAGGUGGCUGCCUCCUCUGUGGAUUGUCUCCCUGAGGACCAGUCUCCUGAUGCUUUUUCGGUGGUGCCUGUGCCCACACCUCAGUUUGCUGAGUUCACUGCCUCUGUACCGGCGGCUGCUGUGUCUACUGCCGGGUCGGUUGCUGUUGCGGCUACUGCAAAAAUUUUUCCAGCUGAGGCGCACUUUUCCUAUCCUGCUCGGGAGUCUACUUCUGCUGAGGUUGGCUCUGGCGACGCGCCUUCUUUGUCCAGUAAAGAGGAUCUUUCAACUUCCCUGCCGGGGCCUUCGGCCUCUGCCCGUCCUGAUGUUGGCACGGCUCGUGCCUGUGUUGCCGUUGAGAUCUUCGCUGGGUCUUGCCGGCUCAGCAAAUGCUUGAAGGCAUCUGGUUUCGAGACUGUUGCUGUUGAUGUGAAGGACGCUGUAGGCCACAAGGUGCUUAAGCUUGACUUGCUUUCCGCUGCUGGCCUGGCUGUCCUGUGGGACAUUCUCAGCUCUGGCCAGUUGCUGUAUGUGCAUAUGGCGCCGCCCUGCAGCACUGCUUCUGCGGCUCGUUUCAUCCCAGGUGGACCUCGUCCACUCCGCAAUGCUGCGCAUCCUGAUGGGCUUCCUGGUUUGAGCUUUGCACAAAGGUUUCAGGUGCAUAAUGCAAACCGUUUGUAUGCACUGUGCCGGGAUGUUGCGUUGUUUUGCCAGAGUCGUUGCAUCGGAUGGAGCAUUGAAAACCCAUCUUCUAGUAUGUUUUGGCUCACCUCUCCGAUGCUGGCGCUUUGCAAGCAGCUUGGCAGCGAGUUGCAAACUGUUGUCUUUGACCAUUGCUGCUGGGGAGGUGAGCGGCCCAAGCGGACUGCGCUGUGGGGCAAUUUGCAAUGCCUCUCUCCCUUGGGCUCCCUCUGCUCCCCUGAUUUGGGGCAUGUGCACAAGCCCUGGGGCAGGCUUCCUGAUGGCACCUGGAGCACUAAGGCUGAGGCGGCAUACCCCAUGCCGUUAUGUCGUUUCUGGGCGCACCUGCUUCAGCGCCAUUGGGCCACUGAGUUAGCUGCGCUCAUGCACCCGACGGCUGCAAAUUGGGCCGGGCCCGCGCGGCUCUUUGAGACACGCCGGGCCCUUGGCCUUUUUCCUCGGGGCCGGCACCCUGGUGAGAUCAGCAAUCCUUUCAGUGAUCGAGUGCCUCUUCGUUUGCCGUUGAGCACGGCUGCACAUUUGCUGGUGCCUGGUUCUGAUGCGCACAUCAGGGGUGCGCCAAAAGGAUGCAAGGUUCUUUCCUGUGUCAAGGAGGCUGAGUCUUGGCUUUUAGAGGUUGGGGUUCCCUGUGAGCCUGAGGCCUUCAUGCGGUCAGCUGCUUCCUUUCGUCACCCAUCAGAAUGUGAUGCUGUACUGCCUGCUGACCUUGAGGAGACUUUGUCGUCUGUCGCGCGCAUGAGCUGCUCUGAGCUCGCGCGCCGGAGGUGUCGCUUCCUGCACAGCAUCCUUCAGAGGUCCCAGGAGUUGUCACAGCGAGAAGCUGUACUGCACUCUGGUCUGGCUCCUCAUGCUAAGGCGGUGUUGCAUGGCAAGAGACUGUUACUCUUGGGUGAGCUUCUGGCCAGUCUUGGGCACGAGGACACCUGUUUGAUCUCUGAUAUCUGUUCAGGGUUCAAGCUCACAGGCUGGCUUGCCGCUAGUGGUGUCAUGGAGCCCAAGAUCACUGCUCCCUCUGAGUGCGCCUCCAACUUGUGGCGACAGCGCUCUGACCUAAAUUCUAAGGCCUGGAACCAGACGAAGCCCACUUCUUCUUUGGAGCUCGAUCGCUCCCUGUGGGACACAACUGUCAAGGACGCUUCCAGUGGCUGGGCACUGCUGUUGCCUGCGUCUUCCGAGCCUCCUGCAGACUUACUUCUGAGUCGCCGGUUUGCCGUGGUUCAGGGUGAUAAGGUUCGUGGUGUGGAUGAUUUCAGCUUCAAUGGCCUGAACGACACUUUGGGCACCUGCGAAAAGGUCACGACAAUGUCGACGUCACACACUGUUGCUCUGGGACUGCGCUUACUGAGGAUCGCUAAGGCCCGUGGCAUGCGCCUGCUUGGCCGUUGUUUUGAUCUCAAAAGUGCCUAUCGGCAGCUGCCGAUACAUCUGGAUGAUCUGCCGUAUGCCGCUGUCACGGUUUGGUCCCCUGAUGAUCAAGCUGUCAGAGUUCUCCAGAUGUUUGCACUGCCUUUUGGCGCUGGUGGUAGUGUUCCAGGGUUUGUUAGGGUUUCCUUGGCGCUUUGGCGCGUGAUGUGCAGACUGGCACUUGUACCUGCAACAUUGUUUUUUGAUGAUUACACCUGCAUCGUGCUGGAAUCUGACGCUGUAAAUGCUGAGGCUUCUGUGCACAUGUUGUUUCGCAUUCUUGGCUGGAGGCUGGCGCUUGAAGGGGACAAGGCUGCUCCCUUUGCUCAGGUUUUUCAGUCUUUGGGUGUUGUCUUUCUGCUGACACCUGGUGUUGAUUGCAGUUUGUCUGUCAGCAACACCGAAAGCAGGAAGGCUGAGGUUGCUGCAUGGUGCCUUGAAAAGCUGAGGUUGAUCUUGAUGACGUCUCAGUAUGGCUCUGAAAGCCGACUGCCAACCUUUGGCCGAUGCUGCUAUGCCACCUUUGACGAGAUUGCGGGCAAAGACGUGACAUUAUCCACCGGCUCGGGACAUUCGGAAGUGGAGGACGAUGAUGGAUGGGGCGAUGAAUAUGGCCCAGAUGCUGAAGACGACAAUGCCGACGAUUGGCAAGAAGAACAAGUGGAGCAGGCCUGGGAUGAGGAAUGGGAAGAUCAAGCAAAGGUCGAAGUUCCUUGGAAGGACAAUGAAGAAUGGCCUGAGGACUGGGCUCCUGAUGAGCCCGAUUCCGCAUUUGCCGAGCAAGACGAAGAUUGGGUCGAGGACCUUGGAGAAGAAGAAGAUGUUCAGGAAGAUGAAUGGGAGGAGGACGAAGCCCAAGCCGAAGAGAAGGAUGCGAUCUUUGCAAAGGACCCAUGCAAGUAA